AUAGCGUCAUAUGUACUGGAAAAUCUCAAAUUAUACUACGUGUCUUAAACACUUAUCGACGCCUAGGGUAUUUCAUAAUACGGUUUUGUUUCGAGCACAAAAUGUUUAAUCAAGCAGAAAUACAAAAGAUUGCGUGUUUGGUGUUUAAAUACACUGUUGUGUUUAGAGUAACAAUAAUGAUCACUGAUCAUGAUAGCGUGUAUAUGAUAUUGUUUUGGACAUUCGACAAAAAGCACAACAGAGCAUUACCUGUGUCACGCAAGCAGUAUAUUUGGGUUGAUAUAUUGUAUUUAGUAUGUUGUACCGAGUUCAUUUUUUAGCAUAGUGUAUGUUGUCAUUUAUAACUGGGGUAAGUAACCUUAAUAGUUAGGGAUUGUUUGGCGGAAAUGCGUCACGGGUAGACGUGCACGGGGUGAGCUGUUUUACAGCGACAGACAUUGUUUCUGUGGCUUGUGUACCCGGUAUGGAUUAUAGAAAUAUUACGGCAUGUUGAACAGGCACAGAAUACAGACUGUGAAUAACGUGCCAUGUGAGAACAGCGAAGACUUAACUAAGGAAGUCGUUCCAUGGACUGUAGCUGCUGUGAUAGCCUGCCACAUCUGAGGAACUGUCCUACCUCAGAGCGUGACCUAGAAGGGCAGGACUUUUGAAUUUACGAGGGCCUGGUAAGCGGAAACUUACCCCCUCACGACUUCGCCAAUGAUGUGUAGACAUAAAAUCCAUCAACCAACCAACCAACCAAGCCGAACGUGUCAAAUUUACCCAGUUAUAAGGUGGUAAUACAAACAAUGCACAUGCAUCGAAUUGGGACCAAAUAUUGUUACUAUUUUGUGAACAAAAGGAGAACUAUUGGUUCCGUUUAAUAGGGAUGAUCACAAUGGAAAAUACAAACACUGGCUUCCUAUUUAGUUUUGGAUAGAUCCAUGAAGUAGAUCCUAGAAAGCAUCACGUGUUCAGACAUUUAUCAGUACAUGUUGUCUAGUAAUAGCGAUCGACCAACAAACCUGAAAAUGGCAAGUCAACAUGUACCACUGCCAAAACAACAGCGACAACAACAGCAACAACAACUACGUUCAGGGGGGUCUACCCAGGAGACUGAUACGAACAGGAAACAGCAACCCCAUACAACACAUUAUACUUGUGACGUCUGGUUUCACUAUUUGCCAGGGUCAGACUAUGUCAGACAAUUUCUAGAAGAUGCCUUGCCAAGAAAUGUUGCUGAGAUUAUCAGGAUAACUGAAGAAACCGAUAGGGUUGAAAAGAGCUUUGGUUAUCUUGCCGAAUGUUACAGGGCUAAAAUUAAACUUCAAGAUGGCGUCAGCCUGCAGGAACUUGAAAAAUUGCUAUUCGAAAAGUGGUCUUUGUUCCAGGGAAAAUGUAAGCAUGAUGCGUGGAUGGAGGUUAUUCCGUUGGAACGAAGGAUGUACAAAAUUGUCAACAAUUCAGAAAGAUCUUCUUGUUUUAAUAACGUAACUAUUUCUGGUGGUGCGUUUGAAUCUUCGAAUUGCUUCGUUCGCCAUUGGCGUAUUACUGAAUCGCCACAUGUCUUCGGUGUGAUCAAAUGGGCGGCAACGUUUGAACAUAACAGAGAACUUGUCGAAAUUAAGACUUCUGGAGAAAUGUUCCAGAUACCAUAUAGUCAAAUUGAAGAUAGAUUGGUUGCUCAACGCCAUGAAAGCUCUUGGGACAUUUACUUUGGAUUAAAGUAUGUUCCUAAAGUUUUCAACGUUUCCAAUGCCAAAAACCAGAUACGAGAGGUAUCCAUCCACCCAAUCAACCCAGAAGAUUUGGGAAAUACCUCAGUCAUUCGUUUGACCAUUCCUGACAAUAAUGUAUCUGAAUUGCCAGCAGCAAAGGACAAGCCAGAUGUCUGGCCCAUUUUGGCAAGGUUUAAGCAACGGGGAUUUUCGUUAUCGUACGCAAAUGUCACAGACAAAAUGCCACACAAAGAGGAUCUUACUCGCAAAGUUCGGUUUAAGACGUUUGAUCUUGAGUAUGGAUGGCAGUGUCUUCUCUCGGGUGGUUUCAAAGUAACAGACACAAUCACCCCACACUCAAUAAAGACGUUGAGGAGAAACAAAUUAGAUCUGACUGCAGACGUGUUCCAUCACAUGGCAAGUACAGCUGAGAACACCCAAUUCUUUGAUUUCGAGAACGUAUUGACGGAGAGCCUGCAACAGGUCAGACAUUUAGAGGCCGAUAGUGAUGAGUUACCUCCACAUUUCACUAUGUCCCGACGACUGGUAGUGACUCCAACCCGUUUAAUUCCUCUCUUCAAGGAACCAAUUGUCAAAAACAGAAUUAUUCGCCAAUACAAUGACGAAAACUUCAUCCGUGUUAUUUUCCGAGAUGAAGAUUUCACAAGACUAAGUGCUAGUGGAAACGCACUGAACAUAAUUUCUGAACGAAUACGCACAUUUCUAGACGGAGGAUUUACAAUUGGCGACAGGAAGUACGAGUUUUUAGCCUGCUCCAAUAGCCAGUUGCGAGAACACGGAGUGUGGUUCUUUUGCCCUUACGACGACAUAACAUCGGAAAGCAUAAGAAAUGAUAUUGGCGAUCUUACUUCGGAGAGGUGUGUUGCAACAUACGUAUCGCGCAUGGGUUUGUGUUUCUCCGCUUCAAAGGCUACUGUUGCGGUAGACGACAGAAGCGUUAAAUACGUAUCAGACAUAACAAACGAAUCAUACUGUUUCACGGAUGGAAUCGGCAUGAUAUCGGUAUCUCUGGCUGAAAAGGUGGCGACGAAAUUGAAGCUUGAGGAAGUACCAUCGGCGUUUCAGAUCCGAUACGGGGGUUGCAAGGGAGUGGUAGCGCAAAAUCCCACUCUAGGUCGCAGAGAUCAAAUUAUCAUAGGAAAAAGCAUGCGGAAAUUUGAAUCGCCAUCGAAAAAUCUGGAAAUUCUUAACAUGACACGCCCUGGGAAGCUACAUCUAAACAGGCAGGUGAUCACUCUGAUGUCGGGCCGCGGCGUUCCAGACCACGUAUUCCUCACCCUGCAAGAGAAGAUGUUAUUUAACAUGGCUGACAUGUUGUUAGAUGACCAUAAAGCAAUGAAAGCGCUAGCGGAGGUGCACUUUGGGAUCAAAUGGAAGGACUUAAAAAGGGCUGGGAUAUCCUUAACAGACGAAGUGUUCUUCAGGUCAGUCUUAAUGACAAUAUACAAAAGCAAACUGGGAGAGUUGACUCGAAAAGCUAGGAUUGAGCUACCCUGUGAUCAAGGAAGAAUUAUGAUGGGAACGAUUGAUGAGACAGGCACCUUAGAAUACGGACAAGUUUUCAUCUCCUACACGAAAAAUGACGGAAUGACCUACAGUGGUAUCGAUGUCAUGGACAACGAAGUCGUCGUUGCAAAAAACCCUUGUUUUCACCCUGGUGACCUGCGUAAAUACCAGGCAGUGAAUGUGCCAGAACUUCAUCAUCUUGUGGACUGUAUCGUGUUUCCCCAAAAAGGACCCCGUCCGCAUCCAGACGAGAUGUCUGGUUCGGAUUUGGACGGAGACAUGUACUUCGUUUGCUGGGAUACGACACUUUUUCCUCCGGGGGACAAUAUGCCCCCUAUGGACUAUCCAAAAUCUACAAAAUUAAAACUUCCAAGACAAGUAGAGGUAUCAGAUGUCACACAGUUUAUAUCACAAUAUAUCAAUAACGACCAGCUCGGUGUAAUCGCGAAUGCUCACGUUGUCCAUGCAGACUUGAAAGACAUUUUCUGUGAGGAAUGUACAAACUUAUGCAAAAUGCAUUCAGAUGCUGUCGACUUUCCGAAGACAGGAGUUGUACCCCAGAUGGCAACAAACCUAAGGCCUGACAAAUAUCCGGACUUUAUGAUGAAAUCUGACAAACCUCGCUAUACGUCAGCCAAUAUCCUAGGAAAGUUAUACCGCCAGUGCAGAUCAUUAGAACAAGCUCACAGUCGCACAUAUAAUGUUGACCUACUCAAACAAGCUCCUGUCGCAGAUCCAGGUAUUAUUUAUCCGGGAUAUGAGAAGUUCAUGGAGUCUGCAUGUCUACAUGUUAACAGAUACAAUGACAAAAUCGCAAAUUUGAUGUCUCUUUAUGGAAUUGAAACUGAAACAGAAGUUGUAACCGGUAUCAUUCAUAAUCUGAAAGCAAAAAGAGGAUAUUUCCCGAACGAAAGGUACGAGAUAGCACAAAUACUGAAGGAAAAGAACUCGGUUAUCCGACAAAAAUUUCGAGAAGCCUUUUUUGAUGAAUUCGGAGGAGAGGAGCACUGCAAAAAUAUCAAUCCGUUCACGGACGGACAAAGCGACAUCUUAGCAAAAGCUGCAGCCUACUACGUUGCGUCUUUCACAAUGGCCUCAGAAGGGAAGGUUAUGGUCAGCUGUCCGUGGAUUUUGAGUGAUUUACUUGCAAAAAUAAAAUCACAACGAAUCAUUGCCGUGCCUGAUGGGCUUUCCGGUAUAGAUGAUUCCAAACAGACAAGAGAAAGCCAUGUCCAUGCCAAAAUCGGAUCAUCGAUCCAUCAACAUUUCGUUUCGAAUGAGAACUCUUUCAAAAUGUUUAUGGAUGCCAAUGCCCCUGAAAGAAUGCUGUUUCUUCGACGACAACUCCAAAAUCGCCCAUGUUACACGCUUAUCCUUACGUUUCUCCUCGACUGGGCCAGGAAGUACGAGCUGAUAGGCGAAUUUCGGGGAGCAGUGUUCUCGGAAGUCGUGUUUGUGAUUCUGGCUCUCAGGAUCCUCUUAAAUAAAGAUUACACAGCAGCAGCAGCGACACAAUCUUCAAUCAAACAAAACACCCAACGACAAAGGUAUGAGAGGUCGUGGAUUCCACCCAAUGAGGAAAGACAUGCAGCAUAUCUUUUGAUGAAAACAUUCAUAGGCUUGAAGUCCAUAUUGAAACCAAAUACAAAUGGUGAAGUGGAUAUUUCCGUGUUAGAUCCUACCUAUCCGUCUCAUAGACGUUUAAUUUCAGGCAAGCGAACAGCAAAAGAAUUCCGACGAAUGACAGACGAAAUCCUUUUUGCUUACCAAGAAAUUGCAAAAAACAGAUCAGUAGCGGUAUUCUUCGAUCAAACGAUCCGUAAAAAGGAUUCGAUGAUAUUCAUCUUACCAUUAAACGUAUUGAAUUACGUGAUGGGCGCGGAAACGUACGUGGCACAAAGGCUGUCACGAGAAUACGGAGCAGAGGUUAACAUCAUUGAUUUGCCAUUCAGAGACACCCCCGGGCUUAUGCUGGAAGCGUGGGGAAGUCCAGAGCAGCUAUGGACUGUUCAGUUAUCCCUUCAGGAUCUUGAAGAAAAGUCGAAUAUUGACACAACGGUUAGUAGAACCGAUAUAAUAGAGGGUGCAUUCAAGUGUGUAUACAGCGGUUCCACAAGUCCUGACGAUCGACUCAAAUUUACACCAUACUGUGGCCCUAGACAUUCUGCACACGAACAAAAGACCUUAUAUACGGCUUCGCCGUAUACACCUGAUAGUGUCAAAGCAUCAGAUUCAACUGCUUUUAAACAGGUUUUCAAAGAACGAUUGGAAAUAAUACGCCAAGACUUCGUCAACACAUACCAUGGGGAUUUAUGGAUAGCGCUUACUUUUGGAACAUUUUACCUAUUCAACCUUGACAGACAGGACUAUACAAUAUCAGAAUUGGAAUCCAAAAGAACUGAAAACGUAGACACCCGAUCAGUGAGGGGUCAAAGUCGUCACUACGUACAAAAGGUUGGAGGUUCAUUUACACCUCUGAAAUGUAACCAACGCAAUGUCGAUACAUUAUUGAACAGUCUUUCAUUCAAACUCAUAUCUCAGGAUGUAAAAUACCAGGCACGUGUUCUGAUGGAAAAAGAGAGCAGCGGAUUGUUUAUCUUAGACGAAAAUCUCAAAGUAACUGAGUUACGUCUGUCCGAUUUAAAGUGGAUGAUGGUCGACAUUUGUCGAGGAGUCAAACAAAAUGGAGGAAAACGACUGGAUGUUCGCUGCAAGUUACAGUCGGGAAGACAUAUAGAAGGGCAAUAUUCGAAAUGGAAUGUAUCCGUACUCACAAAAUCAGAGCAAAACCGGGUGAGGAUAGCCCGUCCUUUUUUAAGAAUGAUUACGUUCGCGAGAGAGAAACACAUCAAGUACUAUCAGUGCGAAGGUAAUAUCUCCACCGAAAAAAAAUUCCCAAACAUGGACAUCGAGGUAUCGACAGUGACCGAGUACUCCAAUCCCACUUGUGAUGGAACGUUCUUAAACGUUGUGUCAAAGCAAGAACUAACCGUGGUACCAAAAUUACCGUCCCUAGAUGAGGAGAAUGAUGAAUGGAUAAAGUAUAUUGAACAAAUCUCGGAGCUUAUUGAAUUUUUCUGUGAACAUCUUGAUUCAGAUUAAGUACUACAUUACCUGGAUGUGUAACCAUGGCAGUAGAGAGGCCGUCAUUGAUACGGGGUAGCUGGGUCAUAGAUCUGCUGACGGCCUUAAGUUUCUGUGUCAAAUAUCCAUGCUUUUACCAUUUCUGAAACACGCCGCAAAGGUUUACUUUCGGCACUCCAAGUACUCGCAAAACUAGAAACUACACCUGUAAUAUCUCAUUCAUGAAAAAAGCAUACUCAUUCAUUAGCUUUUAUACAUGUAUUAGUGCCGGAAUUUUGUGUGUGAUACCAGUUCAUACUAAUAGCACUGUGUUAAGAAAACAAGACGUGUUUGGGAUACAUGUGCUGGUUGAAAGCACCGUUGUACCGUAAGGAAGUGUGUAAUACUAGAACCAGUGUGUGCUUUAGACACGUAAUAAUACUUUUGGCCAAAUUAUCAGGCACACCGCCAUAAUUUAAACAAUUAACAAUACUAAUAUAUAAUAGUAAAUAAAAGGUCUAUACAAGCCGGAUUAGAAGGACGUUGUUCUGUAUAUUGUCAAUUCCAAUUGCUAUGUUGGCUUAUUCAAUUAACUGCUGCAAGUAUAAAGUUUGGAUCCUAACAACUUAUCAAUGUCUUUUUCGUCAGCAACGUCUGUCGUUUCGGUGCUGAAAUGUGUUCUGGAAGGAAUUGUCUCAUACAUUUAGAGAUCAACUAAAUUUUAUUUCGUAAUAUAACCCAUUGCAUACAUUUGUAUCUCAUUGUAUUUGGUAUAUUAUUCAGUGGGGUUUUGUUUUUUGUUUUUUUGUUUACAUAUAUUACUGGCUUAUCUUUUGGUUCAGUACUGAACAGAUAUGGGUAGCAUUGUAUAUUCUGUACUAGUAUAUGUGUAUGAGUGCAAGAUAUGAGGGAUAUGUUUGCAAUAGUAGUAAAGCACAUUUAUUGUAUAUUAUUUAUGUACUAUUGUAUUCAAAAUAUGACUGCUAGUGUUACAUUUUAUUUAAAUCCUUUCAAAACACUGCAGCUAUAGCGCGGAUUGCUUAGGUAUUAUCAAUAUUUUGAAUUUAGCGUAUGAAUGUUGGUGUAUUUAUUCCAUUUAAUUGGAGAUCAUUCAACAGCUAAUAUUCACAAAUACCAACAGGAAUGCAUGUAAUACAUUUAAUGUUUGCAAUGAAUGACUGUUCCAAUAUAUUGAUUUCGUGUCAAAAGAAAGGUUAUACAACGAACACCAAUGUAUAUGAACAAUGACAAGAACCAUCAUAUGUCGUAUAAAUAUUAUUUUUUAUUGCAGUUCUUUAUCUAUUUUUGUACAAAACGUAAACGUUGUUAAUGAGCUGUCUGAAGACGUGUUCAUCAAUGUAAUUUCUUCAUAACUUGAACAGAAUAUGAUAGAACAUCUCAAAUAUUUUUUUUAUAACUUGAACAGAAUAUAGUUGAUCAUUACAAAUAUAUUUUCGUAACUUGAACAGAAUAUGAUUGAACAUUUUUACAAAUGUUUUUCAUAACUGGAAUAGAAUAUGGUUGAACACAUUACAAAUAUUUUGUUAUGAUUUGAACAGAACAUGAUUGAUCAUUAUAAAUGGGUUUUUUUCAUAACUUGAACAGAAUAUAAAUAAACAUUACAAAUAUUUUGUUAUAUCUUGAACAGAAUAUAAUUGAACAUUUUUACAAAUGAUUGUCAUAGCUUGAAUAGAAUAUGAUUGACCAUUUUACAAAUAUUUUUCAAAGCUUGAACAGAAUAUAAUUUAAAUGUAACACUUAAAUGACUCAGGCAAUAU